CCCAUUCUUUGAGUACGUGGCCUUCGAGGAACACCACGAUCGCGACUCCGUAGCGGGAAAAGGAUCAACGUAACGAGCAAAAACGGGGAACCGACGAUAAAAAUCGAGAGAACUGCAAACCUGUUCGCCGGUGUUCCUUAUCCACCCCCACUCGACGAGUUGUUUUAGAUAAGCACCGCCAAGAAUAUAUACUUCUUCGUAGAUCGUGGAGAGAAAUUGUGCAUUCCGGACGUAACCGUCUCGUCCUGCAUCGCUUCAUCGUCGAAUCAGUGUCGACUUCAAUAAAAAAUACAAAAACAAAAUGUUACCCCAACGAUCGAUGGCGAUUCUCGCCCUCGCGUUCGUCACCGUGGUCAACUGUGAUCUGGAUUUGCAAAUGUUGCACGUGGUAUUUCGACAUGGUGAGAAAGUGCCACAGAAGGAAUACCAGAAUUAUCCCAACGAUCCCUACAAGGACUAUUCGUACCACCCAAUGGGCGAUGGAGACUUGACGAACCAAGGUAAGCUGCGUGAAUACAGGAUCGGCACAAUGCUCCGUGAACGUUACGAUCGGUAUUUCGGGCCGGAUUAUUGGCCAGAGAAGAUCUAUGCUCAAUCAACGGAAGUUUCGAGGACUCAGUUGUCUCUCCAGCUAGUUUUGGCCGGAUUAUUCCCGCCCUCCGAGAAGCAAACUUGGAAUCCUCAUCUACCGUGGAUUCCAACGGCGACGUUCUUCGUACCCCACGAAGCUGACAAUCUCAUGUUCCCGCAUCACUGUCCCAGGUAUGUGGAAGAAUAUAAGAGGUUCCUUCGACAGCCGAUCGCACUGGAUUUAAUGUCCAAGUACAAAAAAGUAUUUACUUACUUAACCCAGCACAGUGGGAAAGUAAUAAACACGACAGCUGCGGUGACUUAUCUAUACAACUUGUUCAAAGAAGAGGCCGCCCAGAAUUUGACUCUUCCAAAAUGGACGGAGUCCGUCUAUCCCACGCCUAUGAAAGAAUUACUCGCUUUGGAUUUCAAACUCAGAUCGUACACGAGAACGUUGAAACGUUUGAACGGAGGGGUGCUGUUACGUAAAAUCGUGGACGACAUCGAGGCAUACAAAGCGGGAAAACUAAUGCCAUACGAUAGAAAAGCGUUCCUCUUCGCGGGUCACGAAAUGAACGUUGCCGCUGUCGCGAGAGCUUUGGACUUGGAUGAGCCUGUUGUACCUGCAUACGGGUCCACUAUAAUCUUGGAAACUCUCCGCGAUAAGAAAGGCAGUUAUUACGUUCGGGUUUUAUAUUGGAGCGGAGUAUCCGAGCAGCUGAAGAUCGAAACGAUUCCUGGCUGCACGGAACUUUGUCCUUUUGAAGAGUUCCUCAGUAUCGUGGCCAGCGUGAGGCCGAACGACGAUGAAUAUUACUGCCAACCUGGUCAGACAUUGGAGGAGUCGAAGAAGAAACGCCUUAGAGGAAGAGAGUAUAUUUGCUCCUCGGCGACGAAUCUAGCCCUGGGCAACACUUGGUAUUACCUGCUGACACUUGUCUCUCUUGCAGUUCUUUCUGUGCGCAAUAUCGAUCGUUGACUUUAACGCGUCACCGCGUAUAGCGCAAUGAUACUGUUAUCGCUUGUAUUUUCGGAUAAAAUCGCGUUUCAUGUCUAGAUAACAUCGAUGCAAUCGUUGAAUCUAGAUGAAACGCGAAAAUAUUUAAAACAGACUAGAACUACGGAGGUCAACAUGUACAGACUACUACAUGUUUGAAUCGGAGCAAGGAAGAAGGGUAAAUCAAUACACCAAUACAAUCGCUCUCCUAUUUUAAUAAUCGUCACCAAAAAUUGCGGUAGAAGUAUUCUUAAUAUUCGAAUAAUUUUCAAUAGAAGUUCGAGUUGAAUCUACGAUCAAUAUGGUGGUUCUAGGGAUAAGUUUGCAGAACUGUUUGAAUAACCGUGUGUAACGUAAUGAAUGAAAAAAGAACAUCCGGACAAGAAGUGCAACGUGGCCAUAGGUAGUAACGUAAGCGUAGUACUAGAAUCUAGUAUCUAGUAACUAGAUAGUAAUGUAGGACUUCGGCAUUAGUAUAGUAACGUACAUACUCCUGAAAGUAUUAGAAUUAACGACUCUCUAGUCAGAAGUGUUAACUAUAGUCGUGCGGUUCUUCGAUUUUUAUUCAUUACGUGUUACGGAAGUUAUUGAUCGUAUGGACAUGUAUGUGAGUCUUAUAAAGUAAGGAUGGCACGAGUAGAAAAAGUUGAAAAAUAUGUUUACGCCUAUAUUUAUGGUUCCUUAGAUGGAACUUACGCUUUAAUUUCUCAAAGUGUGGGGAAACGUGCCCUUGUGCUCAGUUGUAAUAGAUAUUAAGAAUUGUUAACUGUAGAUUUAAAGGAAACAAGAAAUCUUAGUUAGCGUAUUUCAUUAUAAAUACUCCAUUAAAUCGAUAGGUUAAAGUUCAAUAAAAUACUAUUGAGUCUAAAACAACGUCCAACUAAAAAUGUAACCCAACGAUCGUUGGCCAUACCAAUAUCCUUCUAAAUGAGUAAAGCCCCGUGUUUGGCUGUCCCGAAAUCAGAGCAAAUUCGAUAUGCAAGUUGAUGAUUCGAUUUUCCUAUUUCGGUCCAGGUUAAAGGUUCAGGAACCUCCGCUGAAUCGAAAUAGCUGAAUGUAUUUCGAUCGGGGCCCAUCAUUUUCUACGAUUCGACGAGAGUAGUGGAAGUAUAAAAAUAUGAAUCGCGGUUACCAUCUCGAAAUAAGCGUCGAUGAGUACUAAAAUUAAGUGCACUUUUACGGUCCAAAAACUUUAAUGUACUAUUUAUAAUUUAUGCACUUCAUUUGAGGAGCUUUACCUCGCUUAAUCCGCAAUUGCGUUUAUAGCAGACGUACUCUUGCUACUUUACUACGUCCUAUGAAUCUCUCACGUUUGGACUAUUAAAAAAUGUAUAUUUUUCGAACGUGUGUAUGUCUUUACGUUUAAGUUUUAUAUUCUCAUCUCAUAGUCUGAUUAGUCUGCGAGAAAAAUCAGCCCAUGAUACCUCUUGUAAAUUUUUGCUUUUCCAAACAUUGUAAAAAAUAUUUUAAAGAAGUCUUAAAGAGAAAUAAAUUCUAUCGAUAAAAUCAAAAU